AUUUUAUUCUCUUCUAUCUUCAAUCUUCAGAUGUGAUUUUGUGUUGAAAAAAUAUAGCACGGCUUUGGCUGUCUAUAUUGUCGAUAUUUGCUUAUUUCUUGCUUUCCCUGUACAGUGUACAGUGUGUUUGCGACAAGAUGUUAGAAGCGGGUGUGGAGGAUGAGGAGUUGCGGUUUGCGGAUAGAUUGGAUGAAUUGGAUCAACUGGAUUAUAUCGAUGAGGAAUUUCUCGAAGAUAGCGAGGCUUCUUUGCUUCGAGAAUCGGAUGAGACAGAAAAAGACGUGACGGAAGUUGCGACUUCAUAUUUAAUAUGUCUCGCCAUCAGUACUGGAGGGUAAAAUACCCCGCUUUGGAAACACAUCUUAUCGUCCAUUGCUUAUAUUCGAUAGACUUCAAGUGAUUUGGACUGCCAUUAUGUCCCAAGGCUCUGUAAGGAAAAUUUCUGCUUUUUUCAUAUCAAUUAUCAUGCGCGUAGCUAAUUGUCCAAGCCAUACUUGGUUUCACUCUCAGUUCCCAGCUACCUCAUCUCCUUAGUUUGGCUCGCUGGACCCCUCUCCGGCGCCAUUGUUCAACCAUACAUUGGCAUUCAAUCUGAUCGCUGUCAACAUCAUCUUGGUCGCCGCCGCCCAUUCAUUAUCAUCGGCACUAUUGCAACAAUUAUUUGCAUUCUCGCACUUCCUUGGACUACCGAUUUGAUCACUUACAUCUUUACCCUGUUCGGCGAUUCCCCCUUCGGUCCUGGUGCAAUGAUAUGUAAAGGUUUCAUGGCUGCUGCUUGGAUAUGGGCUUUGAAUAUUGCAAUCCAACCUGUGCAAGGAGGACUUAGGGCAAUCAUCGUUGAUUGUGUUCCACCGAAACAGCAAGUCCGGGCAUGUGCAUAUGCCAGUUCUGCUGCAGGAAUUGGAUCAAUUUUAGGAUACACUGCUGGUUACAUCUCUUUACCCAAGUAUCUACCUUGGCUUGGAGAUACACAAUUAAAAGGACUCUGUCUAAUUGCUUCCGUGGCAUUGGGCUCAACUGUUGCGGUAACUUGUUUUACUGCGAAGGAAAAACGUUUUGUUAAUUUGGAUGCAGGGUUCAAAAAACAGAGUUUGGCCGGGACAUUUCGCCAAAUAUUUGGAAGUAUAAAGACAUGUCCAAGGGAAAUGAGAAAGAUCUGCAUGGUUCAGUUUUUUGCUUGGGUUGGCUGGUUUCCAUUUUUAUUUUAUAUUACUUCGUGAGUUCCAGAUAUGCCCACCUCGUGACUUUUGAUUACAAUACUAAUUAAACGAAUCAGAUAUCUAGGUGGUCUUUGUAAGUAUUUGCAACACCUAACAUUAACCAAUAGCUAAUUUAGCGUCAUUCAGAUGAAGUCGAAUACACCCCCAUAUCCAAAAAAGCAACACCUACUCUCACAUUCCCAGCCACCUCACCUCUUCCACCGUCACCUCAUUCAAUCCGGCAUGCAACAUUCAUCAUGAUUCUCUUCGCCGUCGUCGCACUCAUCUCGAACUUAACACUUCCUAUGUUUACCUCCGCUCCCUCCAACAAGUCUAAACACCAGAAACCGACUUUUUUGGCCCGUUUCCAUGUCAAAUCCCUGACGCUACCCCGUGCCUGGACACUCUCUCAUCUCCUCACCACCCUUCUAACCAUCUCUACCUUACUUACUCCGACCUUCGUCACUACCUCAAUCCUCAUCAUCUUCCUCGGUAUCUCCUGGGCUAUCACCGCCUGGAUUCCUUUAGCUCUCAUCUCCACCCAAAUCUCCCAAUCCCAGACUCAAUCUCGAUCUCGAUCUCGAUCUCAGCCCCACUCCACUACCUCCACCUCCUCCAUUCCCCUUUCCCCAAUAUCUCAACCCACCUCACCUUCUCACAAAAAAUACAGAGCCCGAGAACCACCACAAGCAGGCACAAUAAUGGGCAUCUACAACAUUGCAAUAGCUCUCCCACAAAUCAUCGCCGCCGUACAAGGAAGUAUCAUCUUUUGGGUGUUGGGAGAAAUGGGAAUUGUGGGCACGGAAGCAAUGGGUUGGGUGAUUAGGUUGGGUUGUUUGGGGAGUAUGUUUGCGGCUUGGUUGGCGGAUGGUUUGUAAGAUCUAUGGUUUGUGGGGGAUAUUGAGGGUUUCCGGCGGUGCAGGAGUAUAUGGGAUGUGGUGGUUGAUUUAGUGCAUGUAAUCUUACCAUUGGAAAUGUUGUAGCAGGCUUGUACGGGGUUGAGAUUGGUAGUUUAUUAUAA